AGUGGAAUCCGAAAGUGAUGAGCAAGCUAAGGUGCCUGACAAUACGCAGUCAAAAGCGACCGCACACACGAAUAAAGUUCUUUCUCCCUCAAUAAUCUUCACCAAAGCAGCUCGAGCGAACUGUACGUACCCUGGCCGUCGACCAGUGUUUCAGACAACGGAUAGACCUUACAGAGCACCAGGACUGACUGCACACAAACGAGUGCGAGUGGGUGCUGCAGCCUUUUCGGUUCGUUUGGUUCCUGGCAAACGCGUACAACAAGAAAAGACAAAUAUGCAGCCUGCUGCUGUGACGGUACCGAGUGCACCCAAAAUGGAACCGCAGAUCAGUCGGCAACCCCAAGUCGGUACGAGACCAGGCAUGUCCGAUGAGAAGCCACGAAGUACUAUACGCGAUAGCAACAAUAAACGACGAUCGGCUGGCAGUAUACUCAGCCUGUUGGACAAACGCGCGCCUGAUGGGGAAAUUCGAGUCUCAGAGGGUAGAUUAGACCCUGCAAGGGCCGAGAAGCAAACCUGCUUGAGUAUCCCAGACGUACGGGAUGUGUUCGAACAGCGCCCGUUCGUAGACACACUGCCAUCAUACAGCAAAAGACUGGCCAUCCCUGCCAUCCCUAUCACUAACCAUGCGCAUACAGUAGCUGCGGUGGGCGAGAAUGAGGCGCAAACUAAGCAGAGUCAAAUGACAAACACCAAUCAAACAUCCAAACUUAGACGAGAUUUCCAACCGCCACAGAUGUCCGCUGCAAACACUAACUCACAGCACGAUGACUAUGCGGAAGACGACGGGAAUGGUGUCACUGACCACCCGCCUGAUUAUACAACUCGUGAACACCGGUCUAUGCGCGAGGAAGGUCGCAGCAUGAGUCACAAGUUUGCGGGAUUGAUU